AUGGAGCUCGAGGCUCCAAAUAUCGACGAGGAAAAUAAGAAAACGAGUGCUCAAGUGGCUUGGAUAAAGGCAGAUACAAAAGCAAUAUUAGCAAUACAUGAACAUGUUAUCACAAAUAAUGCUAGACUGUCAGUCACUCACAAUGACUAUAAUACGUGGACGUUGAAUAUUAAAAAUGCCCAACGAUCGGAUCGUGGUUUAUACAUGUGCCAAGUUAAUACUGAUCCAAUGAAAAGCCAGAGUGCAUUUCUAGAGGUUGUCAUUCCACCUGACAUAAUAUCUGAGGAAACUUCGGGUGACCUUAUGGUACCGGAAGGUAGUUCUGCAAAGCUAACGUGCAAAGCACGAGGACAUCCGAAACCAGAAAUUGUUUGGAGACGAGAAGAUCGUGGUGGUAUUAUUACGAGGGAUGCCAAUGGUGGUGCUAAAACAAGACAGGCGUCAGUGGAGGGUGAAACUCUUGCCUUGACAAAAGUGACUAGAAGUGAAAUGGGUACAUACAUGUGUAUAGCAAGUAAUGGUGUACCACCCUCGGUCAGUAAACAGAUGAUGUUGCAUGUCAACUUUCAUCCAAUGAUACAAGUACCAAAUCAAUUAGUUGGUGCACCAAUUGGUACAAAUGUCACAUUGAUUUGUCAUGUUGAAGCAUCACCAAAAGCAAUUAAUUAUUGGACACGUGAAUCUGGUGAAAUGAUUAUAACAAAUCAUAAAUAUUCAAUGUCAGAAGAAAAAUUAUCAGUAUAUAGUGUACAAAUGCGUCUUAUCAUAAGAAUUUUACAAAAACAUGAUCUUGGUGGUUAUAAAUGUAUAUCUAAAAAUUCAAUUGGUGAAGCUGAGGGUAAUAUUCGACUGUAUGACAUGCGACUACCGGAACAUUCGCAUAAAGGAAACGAGGUGUCUGAUGAUGAGGAUACACUUGAAACACGCGAUCAUGCUAACCGUUUGAAUAAUGUUUAUCAAGGUUCACUACGUGAAAGUGGAUCAACCCUGGAUACACCAAUCCAUAAUGGUGAUGGUGCAUCAUCUGUAUCAAGUAAAACAAAUUAUUGUCAAAAAUAUAAACUAAUAAUAACAACGCUAAUAAUUUUCUUCAUAUCACAACGAUAAAUAAGCGAAAUAAAAAUUAAAAGUGAAAUUAAUUAGUGACUGUGUUUUUUCAUCAAGAAUGAAAAAUAAAUUAGAUAAAAUUAAAUCAAUGACAAGUGUUUAAGACACUAAAUCAAGUGCUCCAAUAUUUGUAUGAAUUUAUUUAUUGUGUAUAUGUGUAAAUGUCAAUAACAUAUGGCAUAAUUUUUUUCAAAAAAUAAUCAAUUUAAUUGACAGUCUAAAAUUAAUUAUUACAGUGCCAAAAAUAAUAUGAGUUAUGUCAAAUAAAUUAGAGUAUGUUACCAAUAUCUUUGAGAUAAAAUUUUCUUUUUUUUUUUUCAUUUCCUUUUUAUUUUUCUUUAUUAAUUGUUUGUUUUUUUAUUUUUUUUUACCCUAAGGAUAUUUGAUAUCUCUCUUUUUUUUGAUUCGGGUGAAAUUGAUUCAUCUACUCUUCACGAAAUAUGUGAGGGAAUAAAAAUUGAAGGAAUAAAAUGAACAUUGAUACAGG